GCAGCAGCAUGUGCAGCAGCAGCAUGUGCAGCAUGUCGCCGUGCAGCAAGUGCCAAGUCCCCAGUGGCAAAGCGCAGCCUAUGCCCAGCGCAUUGCCCCUGCGGCCUAUGGAGUUUGUGGAGCCUCACUAGGUCAGACAUUCGACCAAUGCCUCGAGCAGCGAAAUCCUCAGCGCCCCUCGCAAUUGGAGCCUGAGCGAUUUUCAGGUGCGUGCAAAGCUCCCCAACCGCUUCGCAUUUCCAUCUACAAGCCGUUGCUAUGGACGUUAGAGUGUGUGAUGUCACAGUGCGGGAAAUUGUUGAUGCUUUCGAAGGAGCAAAAGAUGCUUUUGCACAAAAAGGAAGGUGGAGCUCUGCCAACCAUGCGAUUUGGUCGCUUAUUCCAGGAUGAUUUCUGUCGUUUAGUGUUGCCAGACGAUCAUUUCUUUAGCCAAGUUUCUCGUGAGCAUUUCCAAAUCUGGGCCCGGAACCAAGCAAAUGUUGCGCGUUUGAAACUUAGAUAUUGGAUGCCUGAAGUGAGAAUAACAUGCCUUUUGAGGUCCACGCAAAACAAGGAAAGACGCAAAACCCAAUUUGCGCGCGCGAAAAAAAAAAACCUAGUAGCGUCCCAGUUUCACCUCUUCUUAAGGCCCAAGAAUGGCCACCCUUGGGACAUCUCCAGCUCACUGGAGAGCCGUGCUCCUUCCGACUCACCAAUUACGGCACCGUCGGCACGGCGGUGGAUGGGAUGAUCCUGGAUGCUCGGGGACAGCAGGCUGUUCUUCAUCACGGUAGCACCAUUGGCUUGCUCGGGCGAGUCAUUGUAAACGGCAUUGAAGAGAAAGUGCCCUUCCUCGAGUUCCGCUUCAGUCUUGAAGGGUCUAUUUUGGCCGAUGCGGACGCCGCCUAUGCGUCACUGCUUCAGAGGAGUGUUGAGAUUGACUGUUUCGACGAAGGUCAGUGUGGGCACGACAGGCACGAUGAUGGAGAUGACUUCGAGGGCUUUGGCGUCCCAGUGCCCGGUGGCAUCUCCUUCGUUGGGGAUGAUGUUGAGCCUGUUUUCAUUCUUGAGGUGGGUGGUACUGCCGUGCGCGCUGGUGCCCGUGGCGACCAACGCCACGUUCUUCACGGACCUCGAGCAUCUGCCUGUGCCGCGGCACCUGGCUGCGAGGCCCCUUGCCCACCUCUGGUGUUGGGCAGCUUCCAAGCAGGCUUUUGGCGGCGCAUCCUGAAUGACAAAGCGAGCCAUCUUCUUGAUCCACAGCAUCUCGUGAUUGAGGUGGAUGAUGAGGCAUCUGAACGCCGCUUCUUCCUGAGGAACUUGAGCAAGCUACAACUGCGGGUGGAGGGCGCGCCGGAGGAGGGCCAGGAUAGCACCCGACGAGAGGAGGGUGGCAAGUGGCAACUUCAUCACGGUGAUACUAUCCUGCUGAACUUGUCAAAGGGGAAUUCCAUGUGGAUGAUCUUCCGCGAGAUCAUGAUUCGAAUUGAUUGAAGAAAUUUGGAAUCUUGGGA